UCCCCAGUCUCUCCGACCCCCUCUUCGUUUACCCACAAAAGAAAGGUGGGGGGGGAAAGAAGGCGCUCCCAUCGCUCUGUCCAUAUAUCUCCAUCCACUGCCUGCAUUUCCUGGAAGUCCAGUCGGAUUGUCCACACGAGGUCUCUUGGGGGGAUUUUACAACCAAACUGGGAUCUAUGAGCGGGAAGGUGAUCAAGUCAAAGGAAGAGAAAGAUGCAUCUAAAGUUAUGGAUGACGCUCCCCCCGGCACACAGGAAUAUAUUAUGUUACGGCAAGAUUCCAUCCAAUCCACGGAAUUAAAGAAAAAAGAAUCCCCUUUUCGUGCUAAAUGUCACGAAAUCUUCUGCUGUCCUCUGAAGCAAGUGCACCUCAAAGAGAACACAGAACCUGAAGAACCACAGCUUAAAGGCAUUGUAACAAAACUGUACAGCCGGCAAGGGUAUCACUUGCAGCUACAAGCAGAUGGAACUAUCGAUGGCACUAAAGAGGAAGAGAGUACCUACACUUUGUUUAACCUCAUACCUGUGGGUUUACGAGUGGUGGCAAUUCAAGGCGUCCAAACAAAACUGUACUUAGCCAUGAACAGUGAAGGAUACUUGUACACAUCGGAACAUUUUACACCGGAAUGCAAGUUCAAAGAGUCGGUUUUUGAAAACUACUAUGUGACAUACUCCUCCAUGAUAUACAGACAGCAGCAGUCGGGGAGAGGCUGGUACUUGGGUCUCAACAAAGAAGGGGAGAUCAUGAAAGGAAACCACGUCAAGAAAAACAAAGCGGCGGCACAUUUCCUUCCCAAACCAUUAAAAGUGGCUAUGUACAAAGAACCUUCCCUCCAUGAUCUUACAGAAUUUUCACGGUCUGGCAGCGGGACCCCCACGAAAAGCAGAAGUGUCUCAGGAGUGCUAAACGGUGGGAAAUCCAUGAGCCAAAACGAAUCGACGUAGCCAGGUUUAGGGAGCAACUGGAGAGACGUGUAAAUGGAAUCUUACCUCUGGAAUCAUAGAUAUAAGCACUUUCUUAGCUGCCUAUCAUCCAGCGAGGCAAGCCAACAAACUGGCAUAGGUCACAUUGUCUUAUCAGCCAUUUAGACCUUUUGGUUGUUCAAAAAUAAUUUUAAACAAAUGAUAAAAAAAAACAAAUGAUAAUAGUAAAAAAAAGAGAGAGCCCAAUAAUGUAGAAUGUGCUUGUGCAAUCACACAAGGAUAGCCAGACAAAACAUAACUUGCGGCAUAAAACCACAGAGAGGAAAUGUCCAUCUUGCUCAGUCUCUCUUUAAUCUCACCUGUGCUUUGGGGGGGGGGGGCAGAAUUAAGUAGCAGGAAAACAUUUUUUGCAGCACUUAACUGCUGAUUUGAAUUUGCUGUCCAGCCAAGAGAGAAGUCCAAUCAAAGACCACUUUUUUUGCUCUUCGAGGGAAAUUCUAAUGCUUAAUGUUUUAUACAUAUAUAUAUAUCUAUAGCAUUAGAGGGUAAACAAACAGGAUAUGUGAACUCUGUGGUUUUUUUCCCUCAGCUUACCAUUUUCUAUCUCAAGGCUUGAUAUUGAUAACAAACCCAAUGUAUUCUUUUAAUUUGGUAUAGUGCAACUUUCUGAUUCCUUAACUCCAAUGGGUCUUCUUCAGCGCUGUGUCUUUUCAAGCAAAAUAAUGCUAAUAGUAGUAUAAUAUAAAAUAUUAAAAAAUCAGGUUUGGAGCUGAGUGUCAGUGUCUCAGUCUCCAGAGAAGUGUUCUUGCGAUUAAAAAAAAA